AUGAUCAUCCACACAAUAUUUGCCACUCUCACCCUAGCCCUCACCAUCUCACGGACGUCCGCCCGUGAGUUCCAAGAGGCACCCCAGGAGACAGCCGUCUAUUCUGAUAUAGAGUACCAGGGUACAAGUAUCCGAGUUCCAGUCGUGGAUAGCUGUGUCGAUUUGACAAUCGUCAACAAUGGCAUGACAUGCGAUUGCUCCGGCGGUACCUAUGGAAAGGAAUUCCAGUUCACACAAUCAUCCGCCGAUGUCAGAGAACAGUACAGGGAUCUUGCUCAGCUAUCCAUUGAUAGUAUCAAGUGCAAACAAGAGAAGAACCAUACCUAG